AUGUCUGUGAAACCCAUUGAUACGUUUAUCGAGAACAGUGUGAAGCUGUUUGAAGCCAACCCAUCGGGGUCUAGCAUAACUAUAAGUUAUCACGGUGGUGCCAAGGCUGACCCUGUGGUGUUCCGCACGCAUAACCCACACUUGUCGACCACGUACAAGUACCAGACGAAGAUGAACAAGGAAGUGUCCCGUGUGCUAAACGCUUUGGGUCCCAGAGGUGUGUCUAUGAAUCCGAUCAGCAAGAUAGCGAAGAGGCGCAAUUACCUUGAUGUGGUGAAGAAGGCCAAGCAGAUGAACAACAGCAAGAUAAGUAAGAAGCAGGCGAAACUGAUCAGAAAAGCACAGACGAACCCAAUCGUGAAUACUAUCGGUAUUGGUAAGCUUAUCGCCAACGAGGAUAUCAAGGAGGUGAAGACUGAAAGCACAUCCGGAGGUGCUGGAAACAAGAAAACCAAGCAAAAGAAGAACAAGAACAACAAGGAUAGCACACCAGUGGUGAACACCAGUGCGAAUGCACAAUCUAAGGGAAAGAACAAGAAGAACAAGAACAAGAAGAAGCGUUAA